AUGGCUGUGAUGAUCCAAGUUCAAACAAUUAUUGAUCUGGACAAGAAUAACGGAAGGAAGAAGCUGCGGCUUCUAAACGUCUCCCAGAAGAACAUCAUCACAGUCUCGGACGAAGAUCUAGACAAGAUUCUGAAAUCCAAAGGUUAUUGUCAGGUUUUCGACACAAACCAAGUACCAAGUUCUUCUCCGCCGAACUCAGCUUUGGUCUCUUUUGAGAUCCUAAAUCAUGGGAAUUUGAUCAAAUGCAGUCACUGUGACCAUGUGCAUCGUCCCGCUGGUUUUUCCAAACAUGUCUGUUCUGACUUUGAUGUCUACUGGGAAGACUCAUCCAGUCAAAUUGUUAUCCAAGUACGAUUGUCUCAUGAUUGUGAUAAGUGUCACAACCACUUGGGAGGCCAGUGUCUUCUUGAUGCCAACGACAAGUUUUACUGCAAAUAUGCCAAUCGUGGUCUCCUGCCAUGGCUUAUAAGAAUCAAAAUAGCCAUAGAAACUGCCACUGCUUUGGCUUACCUUCAUGCUUCAGACAUUAUCCAUUGUGAUGUCAAAACCAACAACAUCCUCCUAGAAAAUAACUUUUGUGUUAAGGUUGUAGAUUUUGGUCUUUCAAGGUUGUUUCCCAAUGCUGUCACGCAUGUUUCCACUGCUUCACAAGGGAAACCCAGAUAUUAUGUGGGAUAA